CCCGCAGCUAGGGAUUAUUCCGGUGACUCCCGGCUGCCAGGCCUGGGCCUGCUCCUGGCGCUGCCAGGGCCGUGGCUAGGCGUUUUGGCUUCUCUCCUCGCGCGGCUCUGUGGCCGCGGCGGCCUGACCCGAAGACUGAGUGGGAUGAGGCUGACGCGGAAGCGGUUCUGCUCGUUUAUCAUCGCCCUGUACUGCCUCUUCUCGCUCUACGCCGCCUACCUCGUCUUCUUCGGGCACCGCAGCCGGGUGCCGACUGCGACCUCUCGGGGCUUCAGGAAGGGGGCGGCUCCAGCGCGGGAGAGGCGCGGCCGAGAACAGUCUACUUUGGGAAGUGAAGAAUGGAAUCCUUGGGAAGAAGAUGAAAAAAAUGAGCAACAACACAGAGUUAAAACUAGUCUUCAAAUAUUAAAUAAACCGAAGGGAAAAACAGACCACAGUAUACAAAUCUGGGGCAAAGCUGCCAUUGGUUUGUAUCUUUGGGAGCAUAUUUUUGAAGGCUUACUUGAUCCCACUGAUGUGACUGCUCAGUGGAGAGAAGGAAAGUCAAUUGUGGGAAACACACAUUACAGCUUCCUCACUGGUCCAUCUUUAGUCCCAGGGUACUUCCCCAUUGAUACCAGUAAUGUGGUGCUUGUUUUAAAUGGAAGAGAAAAAGCAAAGAUCUCUCAUGCCACCCAGUGGUUAUUUUUUGCACAGACUUUAAUGAAAACUCAAAAACUUCAGCAUCUUGCUGUGGUUUUGCUUGGAAAUGAACUUUGUAAUAAUGACUGGAUACUCAAGUUUCUCAAGAAAAAUGGAGGCUUAGUGGAGCUGCUUUUCAUAACAUAUGACAGCCCCUGGAUUAAUGACGUGGAUAUUUUUCAAUGGCCUUUAGGAGUAGCAACAUACAGGAAUUUUCCUGUGGUAGAAGCAAGUUGGUCAAUGCUGCAUGAUGAGAGGCCAUAUUUAUGUAAUUUCUUAGGAACUGUUUAUGAAAAUUCAUCUAGACAGGCACUAAUGAACAUUUUGAAACAAGAUGGAAAUGAUAAGCUUUGUUGGAUUUCAGCAAGACAACAGUGGCAGCCUCAAGAAACAAAUGUAAGUCUUAAGAAUUACCAAGAUGCUUUGCUUCACAGUGACCUCACUUUGUGCCCAGUAGGAGUCAACACAGAGUGUUAUAGAAUAUAUGAGGCCUGCUCCUAUGGCUCCAUCCCUGUGGUGGAAGACGUGAUGACAGGGGGCAACUGUGGAAAUUCGUCUGUCCACCACAAUGCCCCUCUGCAGUUACUCAAGUCCAGGGGUGCUCCCUUCAUCUUUAUUAAAAACUGGAAGGAACUUCCUGCCAUUUUAGAAAAAGAGAAAACUAUAGUUUUACAAGAAAAGAUUCAGAGAAGAAAAGAAUUACUUCAGUGGUAUCAACACUUCAAAACAGAGCUAAAAAUGAAAUUUACUGAUGUUUUAGAAAAUUCAUUUUUAAUGAAUAAUAAACAUUAAUUAUUAAUUAUC